AUGCGGAAUUUUAGCUUUGAAUCGAUACUACUAUUAAUGGAUUUGUCCAUGGCUUGGUAUGCCCCCAGAGUAGGAGAGUUUCUCCGAAUUGGGUUAAUAAUUCUGGUGUGUUGUUAUUGCUUUUCAGUACUGUUUUUAAUAUUUAUACCUUGCUUGUGCUAUUUGUGUCAGAUCAGAUGCCUCGACAUAUUCUUAGGACAUCUGAGUUAUGUCAUACCAGAACUUCAAUUGGUAUCACAGCAGGCAUUCUGUUCUAUUUUAGGUGAGAUCCUGGGACGAUACUUUUUGAUCAUGGGCAAGGAAGAUAUUACUGAAAAGCUAUUUGAACUUGGAGAGUUCAUAUUGUUGUUUGAACGGUCCAUAGAAGUGGAGGAUGAACUGUUCAUGACAGGAGGUGUAUUGGACCUGUCUGUGUUGUUUUCAGGCCAGUAG